UCUCUCCUCCUUGAAGGCACUGUUACAACAAUAGACAGCUCUGAGGUUUGCCUGAAGCCAUGGGCUGUCACCACUCAGGAUUCCCCUUUUAGAGCCACCUCCCCAUCUUAAUCUCAAAGUCCAGCAGGACAGCAAGCAGUUAGAGCCUGACCUCUAAACUGCUUCCAUGGGGGCUGGCUUCCUGAAUGGGAGAGAUGACUCUAGUCUGGAGACAUUUGCCGAGACCCCUGUGCCUGGUCACCUCCACUCUCAGGAUCCUCGAGAUGCGCCCUUUCCUGAGCUUAGGAGCUUCCUGGACAUCAGUAACCAAGCUUGGUCUCCAUACCAGGCCCAGAAUGCCUCCAUGUGACUUCACACCUGAAAAAUACCAGUCCCUUGGCUACAGCCGUGUCCUGGAAAUCCACAAGGAACAUCUUUCUCCUGUGGUGACGGCAUUUUUCCAGAAACCCCUGCUACUCCACCAGGGGCACAUGGAGUGGCUCUUUGAUGCUGAGGGAAACAGAUACCUGGAUUUCUUUUCGGGGAUUGUUACUGUCAGCGUUGGCCACUGCCACCCGACGGUGAACGCAGCGGCGCAAAAGCAGCUCGGCCGCCUGUGGCAUACAAGCGCCAUCUUCUUCCACGCUCCGAUACACGAAUAUGCUGAGAAGCUUGCCGCGCUUCUUCCUGAGCCUCUUAAGGUCAUUUUCUUGGUGAACAGUGGCUCAGAAGCCAAUGAUCUGGCCAUGCUGAUGGCCAGGGCACACUCAAACAACAUAGACAUCAUUUCCUUCAGAGGAGCCUACCACGGGUGCAGUCCUUACACACUUGGCUUGACAAACGUAGGCACCUACAAGAUGGAACUCCCUGGUGGAAUAGGUUGCCAAUCAACAAUGUGUCCAGAUGUUUUUCGUGGCCCUUGGGGAGGAAGCCACUGUCGAGAUUCUCCAGUGCAAACAAUCAGGAAGUGCAGCUGUGCACCAGACUGCUGCCAAGCUAAAGAUCAGUAUAUUGAGCAAUUCAAAGAUACGCUGAGUACAUCUGUGGCCAACUCAAUUGCUGGAUUUUUUGCAGAACCUAUUCAAGGUGUGAAUGGAGUUGUCCAGUACCCAAAGGGGUUUCUAAAGGAAGCCUUUGAGCUGGUGCGGGCAAGGGGAGGCGUGUGCAUUGCCGAUGAAGUGCAGACAGGAUUUGGAAGGCUGGGCUCUCACUUCUGGGGCUUCCAAACCCACGAUGUCUUGCCUGACAUUGUCACCAUGGCUAAAGGGAUUGGGAAUGGCUUUCCCAUGGCAGCAGUCGUAACCACUCCAGAGAUUGCCAAAUCCUUGGCGAAAUGCCUGCAGCACUUCAACACCUUUGGAGGAAGCCCGCUGGCCUGUGCAGUUGGAUCUGCUGUGCUUGAGGUGAUUAAAGAAGAAAAUCUACAGGAAAACAGUCAAGAAGUUGGGACCUACAUGUUGCUAAAGUUUGCUAAGCUGCAGGAUGAGUUUGAAAUUGUUGGAGACGUCCGAGGCAAAGGCCUCAUGAUAGGCAUAGAAAUGGUGCAAGAUAAGGUAGGUGCUCAUCUGCUCCUCUCUCUGCAGCUGCCUGGGGCCAGCAGGAGGCUUUCAGACAGACCAAAAUGCGCAUAUCUCUCAAGGAGGCCCAGACUUACUCUGUUCUCAGCCAAUGACAUCUUACAAGAAAUGGAGGAUUGGGGAAGGAGCUGGAUCUGGGGUUGGUGGAAGAAGGAAGUGGAUGCCAAAGCCCCAGAGCGAGGGUGGGUGGGAAGUGCGGAGGAGUUUCCUGUGUCUUCUCAGACAUUCCGCAUUGCACCCCCAAUGUGCAUCACUAAACUAGAAGCUGAUUUUGCAGUAGAAGUAUUUCGUUCUGCCUUGACCCAGCACAUGGAAAGAAGAGCUAAGUAACAUUUUCAGAAAUAAAGAAAACCACAAGUCUGAAGAAUGUGCCACUUAUGUUCAAGGGUGAAUUUGAAGAAUUUCAGAACCACUGGUAUCCGGAGAAAACCUGCAGCUCUCCAUAGGAGCUGUGAAAGACAUGGUUGACUGCCUACCAGCCAUAUUUAGUAGCAGAGCCGGUAUUAUUUUAAGAACUCCACUAUUCAGAGAAAAGAUCUCCCUAGCUCAAAGAAUAAAUCCUAAUUAGUUUAUGUUAGGUAUCGUAAUUUGAUUCCUCUUUGCAGUGAUUGGUCUAUGCAUGAAUAUGUGAUGAUUUUUGUCCAAUGAAUUUUGAAGAACAGUAUUUUGGUGAAGGUGGCUUCAGGGAAAGUUUUCUUCACACCUCACUCUUCAGCUCAAGGAGAAAUGUCUUCUUCUUGCACUGAAAACACCAUAUGUCCAUGAUGAGAUUCCUGGUACCAUGUCAGUCAUCUUGAAGUCAUGAGAAAAACCCUAUUUGCUGAGGUUGGAAGGCGGGUUGGAAGCCAAAUGCUUAGUGAUGUCAAUGAACCAUUCAAUCAUUCCUGGACCCACCCUACCUCAACACUGCUUGAUAUAUGAGGUAAUAAAUUCACUGGACUGCA